UGUAAAAACUUUUUCUAUGACAUUUCCACACCCACGAUAAAUUGAUAGUCAAGGCGUAUCAGCAAAUCUCUCCAACAAUGGUCUACCACCAACAUGCAGGUCAGAGAUAUUAUCAAAUUUGUAUUUGUUUUUGAGUCAAUUUUUCGUGCAGUUUUUCCACACAAGGCAAUCAGAUAAAUACUUCAGAAGGAGAGACAGAAGUUAGAUGACCUGAGAAACAAGAGAGAGAAGUAAAAAGCAACAUGUCGAAGUAUCUGGUUCUGUGUUUUGUGUCUCUGCUGCUGGGCCUGACUGUCUCAGAUGUGAAAGCGGGGACAAAGGAAAGGUGUAAGGACACACUGACAAUCCCUUCAGACUACAACAGCCCUCCCGAGGAAGAAUCAAAGGGAAAUGGAAAUAUCCACACACACUCGCUGUCCUCCUGGACCUGGAAGACCACUAGGAUGGAAAACCGUAUUCCGGAGACCAUCUGGGAAGCCGUGUGCAGCUCUAUGUAUUGUGUCUACCCCACCAACAGCAGCCAGGGAGUAGGCUACAGGCAGAACUCUGUACCUAUCUACCAGCAAAUCUUGGUGCUUCACACCUCAGCCACCAGCAAAUGUUACCGAGCCUCCUUUCUAAAUGUGGCUGUGGGGUGCACCUGUAUCUGGGCAAGGACCUAUUGACAUCAACAUGUCAUUUAUUUUAUUUUCAUUGAGAGCCACUUGGGACGUCCAAUCUUUCCUGAUUCCACUACGGAAGAUGACAUGGCUGAAUAAUUAUCCGGAAUUGAAGAUAUCACCAUCGAAAAGUUAUGUAAAUAUACAUAUUUUCCCUUUGAGCAAUAAAAUCAUUUCUGAAGUGUCAUUCUGAACCAAAUUAUUUUCAAAAAUAGAAUGAUGGAGUACACUGUAGCAUUUAAUAGAAAUUAAUGAAAUGUUUUCAGUCCAUUCAUCAGAUGUGAAA